UGUAUCCGGCGUACACCAAAGCUUACAAAGUUAGACGGAGAUAGCAACUGAUAUUAGUACACACCGUGUUACAACUAAUUUCGGCGUCAUACGUGUUUUAUUACUAAGUAAAUUGAAUAUUUAAUUCACUUUGGUUGUUGUUAACCAAUACAUUGAUGUUGUAAACACGCAGAACGACGGUUAUUUUAGUUACUCUAACAACAUCCAACCGAACAACCCGGUGUAUGUAACGAGUGCAUCUAAUGUGAGAAUUGAUUGUUGUGACAUCAAUUCAGUUGUCCUGCGAGUAUUCAGUAUUUUUGCCUCACUUUUUUUCUUAUAUAAUAUUUAACUUAGCAUCGUAUGUAUGUAACGUUAUGUAUGUAUGUAAUUAUGCAUGUAUAAUUUCCCGUCUAAGAAAGGACUACUUCAUGAUUUUAAAUGCGACUGACCUUGCCUGUUCACAGAUAGCCAAAGCUAAUUCAAUGUUAACCGGUCUUCAGUAUUAACUAGCUGGCUAAGCUAACUGUUUCUGCGAGUUCGCUCUUCCUCUCACGUUACUCUCCCGGUAUUUGUUGGGUUCAUGAUGGAAGACGAAUCCUUCACUGACAUUAAUGGCAAAAGCAUAUCUCUGGACUGUCAGAGUCACUCUAGCCUCUGCAGCGAGUUCAUUGUCAGCGUCCCCAAAGUGUCCAUCGGCAAGGUGAUGGUGUACACCUGCUGCGUUUGGCUUUUGGCGUACGCUGUGUUCUUCUUCACAGAGAACACAGCUGUUCUGUCCAGUGCUAUAUUCAUCACCCUGGUUGGCAUGAUGCUUCACAUCCACUUUGUGAAGGUAGACCACGAGUCCCUGCUUGUCAUCGGCUCCUUAGGCAUACAGGUGUCCUCCAGCUACGCCUCAGGCCGCGAGACCACCACAUUCAUUGAGAUGAGCAAGAUCAAGGACAUUGUCAUCAAUGAAGCCAUUUACAUGCAUCAAAUCAUCUACUACCUUUGUGUGCUGUUGAAGGAGCCUUCAGAUCCAGAUGCAGUGUCAAGUGUUGUGCCAUUGUUUCAGAGUUCGAAGCCAAGGCUGAACUGCUUAGUGAAAGUUUACAAAAGCUGUCAGGAGAUUAUUUCAAAGUGCUAAUGACAUACAAGUCUUACAUUAGCGGUGUUUCUGGUCAUGCAGUAUGCUUUUAAUAUUUCUUUAAGUCAUUUUUAUUUUCAAUUGAUUAAAGCAGGUAGUUUUUUCUUUUGGUACAUCUUGAUUUAAUGUACAGUGUAUUUUUCAUUAUUUUUCUCGCCUGUAUGAAUGUGAAUGUGACCUGUUGUCUGCUGUCACAAUGACUUAAUAUGUUAUACUUUGUUGUGUAGUUACUUGCAUAAUGUGAAAAUAGCACUGGUGUUAGACUACUUCUUUAAAUCUAAAGAGCCAAACUGUUUAACUGGCAUUGUAUUUAAAGAUAGACAUUACCUUUUUAACAGUUUCAAUUGACUAAUAAUGCCGAUAUCUGUAUUUUACAAGCAUUCCUACACUGUAUUUUUUUAUACAAAAAUACAUUUGAUAAACAAAAUGAA